GUAGAGAUGUUUGGUCUAACAAAGGUGGCUACCUUUAUUUGACCAGCAUAGUAGUUCCCUGUGGAGGCUGACAACAUCUGGUGACAUGUUACAAGUUGCAGAAUAAGAUGUAUGUAACACCCAGCAACCUAAAACAUGCCAAGCAUGUUUCUGUAGUGCAUUCAAAUACUGUUUCAAAGGAAAGUUCAAGUUUUAAGCUCACAUUCCUUCCUUACUGAGCCCUCCUGAGUCCUUUAAUGGCUUUGAUUAAUCUGAUUAGUCACGAUGAUAUAUCUUUAAUUCAUUAACAUUAUGUAUCAGCAGACUGUGUACUUAAUCCUAACUUUAUGGGAUAUUAGGAAGAGAUGUUCAGUGUGAGAAGAUUUUUAUCAUGUCUGUAAAACUUUAUGCUUGUCAGCUUUUCCAACAGUGAAGUCUCUUGUCUGUCUUUAAAGUCAGAGAUGAGGGACCAGAGGCUGUUAACGGUGGUGAGCUGCUUUUAAACAUUGCUGAAAUUUACUUCAGCAGUGCUGGCAAACCCUUUUCCUCCAAGCAGCUCAGAACAAUUGUGUAAGAAUGCAUCCAUUUUCUCAUCAAGAAGAACUGAAGGUUUUGACACUUAACACCAAAAUCCGUAUUUUGAAAGCAGGAAAGCACUAGAAGGCUGUGCUGCCAUUGAACAAGACAGACUGGAGAGUUGGACAGAGUGGGGUUCAACAAGACUAAAUGUAGGUUCCUGCAGCUGGGGAGGAAUAACUGCAUGCAUCAGUACAGGUUAGGGGCUGACCUGCUGGAGAGAAGCUCUGAGAAGAAGAACCUGAGUGUCCUGGUGGACAACAGGUUGGCCCUGAGCCAGCAGUGUGUUUUUGUGGCCAAGAAGGCCAGUGGAAUCUAGGGAUGCGUUAAGAUGAAUGUGGCCAGCAAGUUGAGGGAGGUGAUCCUCUCUGUCUACUCUGCCCUGGUGAGGCUGCACCUGGAGCACUGUGUCCAGUUCUGGGCUCUGUGUUUCGAAAAAGACAGGGAUAUUCAAAAGAGAGUCCAGCAAGGGGCCACAAAGAUGAUGAGGGGUCUGGAGCAUCUCCCAUACGAGGAAAGGCUGAGAGACCUGGGACUGUUCAGCCAAAACUGAAAGAUGAUACUGUCUAUGUUUAGAAGUAUCUGAUGUGCAGGAGACAAAUGGAUGGGGCCAGGCUUUUUUCAGUGAUGUGUGGUGACAGAAUAAGGAGCAGUGGGCAAACACUGGAACACCAGAAGUUCCAUACAAACAUGAAAAAAAUUAUUUACUGUGAGGUGACAGUACACUGGAACAGGCUGUCUGGAUAGGCUGUGGAGCCUCCUUCUCUGAGGAUAUCCAAGACCUUCCUGAAUGCUUUCCUGUGCAGCCUACUUGUAGGGUAGCAGCCUGCUUUAGCAGGAGAUUGGGCUCAAUGAUCUCCAGAUGACCCUUCUGAUUCUUGUGAUUUCUGGAGAAGCUGGCAGCCCAUGGCUUGGAUAGGCACAUUCUUUGCUGGGUAAAAAAUUGGCUGGAUUGGCUCAGAAAGUAGUGGUGAAUGGAGUAAACACCAGAUGGCAACCAGUCACGAGUGGUCUUCCUCAGGGGUUGGUAUUGGGACCUGUCCUGUUUGAUAUCUUUAUUCAUGACCUGGAUGAGGACAUUGAGUGCAUCCUCAAUAAGUUUGCAGAUAACACCAAGUUGGCUGGAAGUGUCGAUCUGCCUUGGGGUAGGAAGGCCCUACAGAGGGAUCUGGACAGGCUGGAUUGCUGGGCAGAGGCCAAUGGGAUGAGGUUCAGCAAGACCAAGUGCCAGGUCCUGCGCUUUGGCCACAGCAACCUCAGGCAACAGUAGAGGCUUGGGGUAGAGUGACUGGUUUCCUCUGUGUAGAGGAAACAGACCUGGGGUACUGGACAACGCUUAGUUGAAUGUGAGCCAGCAGUGUGCGCAGGUCAAUGCCAAUGGCAAGAAGGCCAGUGGCAUCCUGACUUGUAUCAGAAAUGGUGCAGUCAGCAGGAGCAGGAAGAGAUUGUGCCUCUGUGCUCAGCUCUGGUGAGGCUGCUCCUUGAGUGCUGUGUUCAGUGUUGGGCCCCUUGCUACAAGAAAGGCAUGGAGGCCCUGCAGCACGUUCUCAGCCUGGAGAAGAGGAGGUGCAGGGGGGACCUUAUUGCCCUCUACAACUCUUAGAAAGGAGGUUGUGCUAAGAUGUGGGUCAACCUUUUCCAUGUAGCUGGCAAUAGUACAAGAGGGAAUGGCCUCAACUUGCACCAGGAGAGAAUUCAGGUUGGGUGUUAGGAAAUACUACUUCUUUGAGAGCGCUGUCAGGUGCUGGCAUGGGCUGCCUAGGGAGGUGGAGGAGUCACUGUCGCUGGAGGUGUUCAAGAAACGUUUAAUGUUGUACAGAGGGACAUGGUUCAGUGGGAAAUAUUGAUGAUAGGUGCACUGAUGGACUGGAUGAUCUUGGAGAUCCUUCCAACCUUGGUGGUUCUGUGAUUGUCUGGUAUGUUCCUGUCCCACUGACUCAAUUUUAAGUGCAAACAGUGCCAGAAUCUUAAUGCAACAUUGUUUUUUUAAGACCUCACGAAGUAUAAACAGCAGCAUCUAUUGCAAUGUUCUGAUGCCUCUUUUUCUACCAGUUUUAUUGUCUAUUUGCUUUUAAUCUCUCCUCUCAUUUUCUGUAAAGGACCUUUCAAAUAAACAAGUUUAAAAUUGUCUGGAGAAAUUUGAGAUUCCCUUUUGUCAUGUCAGCGAGGCUCCAGAGGAGGUGUUCCCAGCCUCUUUCUUCAAGAAACACAUUUUCUUUGACCCUGUAAUUCUUCUACCUGGCAGGUAGUCAUGAUGAUGAUCUCUUUGCAACUUCUUACAUUGAUGUGGGUUUGUGUGUUAGCUGUUAGAUCAUUGUACUGCAUCAGUCAAGUAAAGGUGGCCAAACUUGCCUCACCUUUCUAAACUGGUGGAGCAGUUCAUUUGAUCUACUCUGUGGGUUUUGUUUUUUGUUUUUUUGUUUUGUUUUGUGUGGAGCAGUAAACAUAAACUGCAUUUCUGCGCCAUGUUGCAUGACUAUUUAGUUUUCACAUUAGAAGUAAUUUUUGUUAUAUUUGAAGUAUUUUUUAUCUGUUCCCAUAUUGCUCUUAAAAUUGGUUUUAUUUCUGUAUUGAUAUAAAAAGGGUGAGAAAUAAAAUACUGAAAUGGAAACUAAACCUGCAGUGUAUCGAAACCUUGGACUAUUGGAGAAGCUGGUUUGACACUGUGUCCCUGUGAGGUUGUAAAAGAUGGAUUCUGCUUCUCUUUCCGCCUUAGUUACAUAAUUGGAGGUUUGCAGUCUGUUUGUAUGGUAACUGAGAGUCGUGGAAAAAACACUGGGUACUGUAGGACUUUUGGAAAACACUCUUAAAAACCAAGUUGGGCAUCAGAGGGCUCAGAAAGGGAAGGCAGCUAACUGCUCUCAUUCACUGGGAGUUGUGUAAGUACACAACCGAUGUGAUUAUUUUAGUAUGGAUUUUGUGAUCUACAUGUAUUGAGUUUGCUCAUAUUUUGCCAAACUUGUGUUCGCUCUCUGAUCUCAACAGGCUUUCCCAUUGGCACUGUGUCCUAGGACAAACUGUUUACAGAAACAACAGCUAUCUCAAAGUCCUUGACAUUACUGCAAUCCAUCUCAGCAGCCUGUCAGGGGUUAUUGUGAACAUACAUCCUCAAAUCAAUUGCAGACAAGGGUGCUGUCACAUGUGUUUGAGCACUUCUUGCUCUUGGUGCAGGAAGUGCUGAUUAGCUCUUCCUCCUGGCCCUUCUGGGCGGGCUGCAGAAGCUGCUCAUGCCCAGCAGCUCUUCUUGGCACAUCACGCUUUCAUCAAACGUUGAUGGCUGUGAAAAGGCUGGUCUCAUCAAACACUGAAGCGUCUUGAUUCAUUAGUCUAUUUCAUACAGCAUAAGACUUUCCAGCACAGAUCUUUUUUUUGAAGGGUACGAGUUCCUUGCGUAAGGACAGUGAAGCACCGCAUCUCUGGGAGAGCUGAGAGAUGCUGCCACCUACACCAUUGAUGGCAUUAGGAAUAGACGUAGCUAAGCUUAGCAGCAAGAUUGGGAACUCCCAUCUGUUAGGUACCAAAACAAAAAUCCAGCCCUCUGUUUCAGUAUUGCCUUCCCUCUUCAUAUCUUUUAACCUCCACUGAUGACCAGUUUUAAGUAGUAAUAUUUUGAUUCUCAUUAUUAUUGCUGCUUGGGAAGUCAGGAUUGCACAUCUUUGGUGGGAGGAAAUGGAGGUCAGAAAGAACAAAUUUGUCAGGUCUGUCUAGAAAGUAUAGACCCUAGUGUACUCCACUGGACUUAUUUUUAUCUCUUGGAGGGCCUAUUUGCAGACUUUAUUUCUCCCUCUGGAAUAAUUGCUCCACCCCCCUGAGGCAGAGGUUUGCAGCGUUCUGCUCCAGUACAGAAUAGUUUUAUCUGUGGUGGAAUCAGGCCUAUGCAUAUCACCUGAAGUGACUUACAAAGCAAAAAAUGCUGAUAGUAGUGUUGCUUCAGCUGGUGCCUCUUCCAGAAGACACAGCCUGUCCUUUCUGUGGAUCAGAAAGAUAUUUAGAGGCAGCACGCUGCCUUCUUCAACUUUAUACUGAUUUCUUGUACUAGGCACUUAUAGUAAUUCAGGGUAGAAUUGUUUCCGGCAGUGCUGGGGCAUCCCCUAGCUUUAGUGUGUUAUAGAUUACUUAAAAGAGACUUUUUAUAAGACUGUUGAGGCUCAAAACUGCUAUGAUGCAGUUUAUUUCCAUACAUUAAUUGCUAAUAGUCACUUGUGUGUCAAAAUACUGCUGUGUCAGUUCUAAUAUACUUACAAAAUAAAAGCAGCUGGUAACAAAAUGAUUCAGAGAGAAGUGCAUAUACCUCUAACACUAACAGAAUAUUCAAUUAAAUCCUGUCAGUUUUAUUUACCUAGGAACUUAAAUAUGAAUCAACCUGUGAGUGAAAAUGGCACAAUAUAAUUUCCUGUGCCUCACUGUAUUAUUUUAUGUUCAAAUUUAGUUUCUGUUCUGGGAAUUCGCAUAAUCACCUUCUGAGGGUUAUCUCCUUUGCUAGCUUUGCAUAGUGAAUUUUUUUUCUCUUUUCCUGUGUUUGAAAAAACUUUCCUGCUACUGUGAGCUGUCAGCAUGAUAUAACCAGAAAUACUUUUUGUGGUGGUGAUGGGAGCGACAGCAGUCAUCUAUAAAGCAGCUUUUGUCGUUCACUGGAAUUGUUCACAACUGAGAAAGACCCCAGCACUGGGGUGGAGCGUAUAUUGCACUGUGCUGCCAAGGGAAGCACAGAGGGAAACCACUGAGAACUUUCUGUAGUGUACAGUGAUGGUGGCCUAUCUCCACAAAGUAGUCAAAUACAAUUUGUCUUAUGUAAAUUCAAGAUGAAAAAAACAAAGCCAUUUUUCCCCUCUGCGAUUUGAAGCAAGCACAUCAAUCUUGACGUUCUCCCUUUGCUCCAUUGCAUCAGCCUACUGCAAAGUGUGGGGUAUAAUAGUGGGAGAACUGCUUGAUUGUGCAAUUGCUGUAGGCUUAGUUUUAUUCCCUGUGGAUGGAAAGCUUGCAGAUGAUUUCCUGAGGGAAACUGUACAAUCACUGUAAGCAGGGAGGGACCUGUGUGUGUAUAGAGGUGUAUGGUAAAGCAUAUAUUCUAAUCUGUUCUGUGUAAUAGGAGCUCCAUCUUAGUGGAAUUAGAAAGAUCCCUUUGUGUUCCUUCACUCUGUCCUUUGUAUCUCAUUGACAAUCAUGGUGCUUGGUCUGCUUUGAUAGAAAGAGGUUUUGGUAAGCUGAGGACUAGUGCAGUCAUCUCAUCUGCAGACAGAGCAUAAAGUUGUGGCCUGCAACUUAGCUUAAGUGCCUUUCAACUCAUAAGGCAGAGGUCCUCAAUUGCUCAGUCUUACAUUGAGGUUAAUUCAAUACUGUUGGGUUCCUUGCUUUUAUUAUUUAGACAGAAAACAUAAGAUUACUACAGAAAGAUGUCUUUGCCUUGCUUGAUAAUCUUGCUGCAGUGAUUGGUUUAUGUGAUCAGAAGUGGAAAGGGUUUUUGCCUAGCGUAAGAACAGCUUACUUCCCUGUGGGGCACCAUUCCAUUAAGAUGACUGAUGUUCCUAUUGUAGCCUGAGUCCCAGAACUUAUUUGCAAUCUCUACUCAGGAUGUUCAGUUCUCCUUUUGAUCACUAUUUCCUGCAGUUAAAGCUCUCUAGCUGGCAUUUUCUGGCUGAGGGGGAGCCAUGAAGUUGUAUGACUUGGGGAAGGAGCAGAGAUAACAAUAAGCACCCAUCUGUUCUUCUUUUCCAUCCCUUUGGGAUGUCCGGGUGUCCCCUGGUUAGAAUUCUUCUCCAGAUAAGAUAGUGAAGGUGCCACUGUGGGGCAGUCAGGCAAGAAAACAAUAGUGAAUUGAGUCCAAAACAUGAGAUCGAUCAGUAAGCUGACAGUAAGGAGCAGAGCCCCUCUUUGGAGGUCAAGGCUGGAGCUGUAUCCAACAUCCCUUUGGCUUCUUCCUCUGAUAAACUUCUAGGACAGCUAUCCUAGUCGCUUUUCAGAAGCCUUGGGGUCAGAAGCUCUGCUGAGGGAAGGCAGCACAGAGGCAUAGCGUGUGCAAGGUCUAUCAAGGCUCUGUUACUUGAGUGUUAACUGUUCCUUGGUUGAGUGGGAUGUUCCAGUACUUGUUUUUCUGUCUCUGCUUCGUUGUCCAGCCACAGCCAGUGUCUUCAAUGGCCCUGGACCCCUGCUCUGCCUACGUCAGCCUGAACGAGCCCUGGAGGAACACCGAUCAUCAGAUAAAUGGCUCCCACGGCCAGCCCACGUGCGAUAACCAGAUCGAUGGGGAGUGGUACCGCUUCACCGGCAUGGCUGGCGAUGCUAUGCCUACCUUCUGCAUCCCCGAGAACCACUGUGGGACGCAUGCUCCCAUCUGGCUGAACGGCAGCCACCCCCGAGAGUCGGAUGGCGUCGUCUCACGCCAGGCGUGUGCCAGCUUCAGUGGGAACUGCUGCCUUUGGAAUACCACGAUUGACGUCAAGGCGUGCCCGGGCGGCUACUACGUCUAUCACUUAACAAAGCCCAGUGUCUGCUUCCACGCAUACUGUGGGCAUUUUUAUGACAUCUGUGAUGUGGUGGAUUGCCAGGGCUCCUGUCUGGACACCAGUGACUGCACAUGUUCCCCAGGGACAACACUUGGACCUGAUGGACAGACGUGUCUUGAUGAAAAUGAAUGUGAGCAGGACAAUGGAGGCUGCAGUGAAUUUUGUGUUAACCUGAAGAACUCCUUCCGCUGUGAGUGUGGGAUUGGGCGCACGCUGGGAAGCGAUGGGAAAACCUGUGAAGAAAUCGAAGGCUGUCACAAUAACAAUGGAGGCUGCAGCCAUACCUGUAUUGAAGUGGAAGACACAUACCAGUGUGAAUGCCCAAGGGGACUUGUUCUGUCAGAAGACAACCACACCUGCCAAGUUCCAGUGCUCUGCAAGUCCAGCUCUAUUGAGGUGAGCAUCCCAAAGGAUCUGGUUGGAGGCUUGGACCUUUCUCUCAUCAACACUUCCUGCAAAGGAGUAUCCAACGGCACUCAUGUCAACAUCCAUUUCUCCUUGAAAUCCUGUGGCACUGUUGUAGAUGUCAUAAAUGACAAAAUCGUUGCCACCAAUCUGGUGACUGGCUUGCCAAAGCAGACUCCAGGGAGCAACGGGGACAUCAUUGUCCGCACCAGCAAGCUGCUGAUCCCAGUGACCUGUGAGUUCCCACGCCGGUACACAAUCUCUGAAGGUUACGUGCCCAAUCUCAAGAACUCACCCUUGGAAAUAAUGAGUCGUAACAGAGGCAUCUUCCCCUUCACCCUUGAGAUCUUCAAAGAUAAAGACUUUGAUGAACCCUACAGGGGUGCUCCUCCCACCCUCAAGCUUCGGGACUCUCUGUACUUUGGGAUUGAGCCCUUGGUGCAUGUCAAUGGACUGGAGACACUCGUUGAGAGCUGCUUUGCCACUCCCACCUCCAAAAUCGAUGAGAUCCUGAAGUACUACCUGAUUCAAGAUGGCUGCGUUUCUGAUGAUUCAGUGAAACAGUACACGUCAAAAGAUCAUCUUGCCAAGCAUUUCCAGGUUCCUGUGUUCAAGUUUGUGGGCAAAGACAACAAGGAAGUGUUCUUGCACUGCCGCAUCCUUGUGUGCGGGGCGCUGGAUGAAAGCUCCCGCUGCGCCCAGGGCUGCCGGCGGAGGGUGCGCAGGUCGGCUGGGACGGAGGAGCAGGACGAGUCCGGGAACUUGGCAAACCACCUCCUGACAGGUGGCCCCAUCAGAAUUGACUUCGACGACUGACACCCAACCCCUGGAACAGCAUCUCUGCCUGGGACCACUCUUAGCGGUGUUUUCUUUCUUGGUUGUUUGAGAAAUGAGAGGUUUUUGACAAAGCCCUACUUGAACCUCAGGACUUGUUCCCUAGCUGUGUGAUGGUUGGUUGCGAAGCAGCCUUGGCACUUGAGGCAGCCAUCUGAGUACAAGCCAGAUGGCAGAGCAGUUUGGUUUUAGCUCCAUUCUGUUGGUUGAAAGAAUCCUGCUGCUUUGCAGUCUUGACCCGUUACCCAAAUUUGUCUGUCCCUACAGCCACCCACAGGUUCCACAGGACUGUUCAUCUUGGGCUCAACGUACUGUUCAAGCCCUUCUUUCAUCAGAUUAUAAAAACAGUAUUGUAGCUGAACGCGUUUGCUGUGCGGUUCUGCGAAUGAUGCUGAAGCUUUUGGAUGUGCUGUGAUUUUGGAUGACCUUUAAUAAAAAUGUAUAAAAAUAUA